AUGGAAUUUGAGGAGUGCGGAGAGGGGUAUGCUGACAAGCUUGAUCUGAAGUCGGCGUUCCUCGGAAAGCUACCUGGGGACAGGCCACUGCUAGAGGAGCUGGGGAUAGACUUCAGCACAAUAAAGAAGGAAAGCCGCCUGAUUUUCGGGGUUUUCCAGAAGAAAUACGUCGACUUCUCGUUUGUUAAGAAUGCAGAUCUUUCUGGGCCGAUUGUGUUUAUUGGGCUGUACACUCUUGGGCUUAUCCUGAACUACAAGAUCCACUUUGGAUACAUAUACUUUAUUUCUUUGUUGACAGCCCUAUCCAUGUACUUCUUAUUGAAUGUCCUUGACACAAAACACAUAGGGUUCCUUGAGUGCUGCAGCGUCCUUGGAUACUCGUUUCUUCCUGUAGUCUUUUUUUCGUUUACAAACAUUCUCAUGGGAAGGAUCGGAGUUGGAUUCAAGGUGUUCUAUGGGCUUGGGUUUGCACUGUGGUCGAGCUACACAGCGUCUGUGGUGUUCUGCAGGUAUCUCUCGCUCAGCAACAAGCACCUGGUUGUUGGAUAUCCGCUGUUGCUCGGAUACACAGGCUUUGUAAUGGUUGUUCUUUUUUGA